AUGUGGAUCCUGCAACAGUUGUUUCAUCGCUCGCGAGCAUGCUUGCAGGAAUCUGAAGCUCUCAUUGGUUUGACGUGUUGCAAAACAGCUACUCCGGGCGUUGUCAAGGUCUUCCCAAACAGAAUGCUGCAACUCCAGACAACGCACUCGUGGGAUUUCGUUGGAACGCCGAACGUAACAGUUCCUUCCAAGAAUGAAUCCAAAACGCUGCCCGCAGCAGCUGAUGUUAUCGUUGGAGUUCUAGACACAGGUGUCUGGCCCGAAUCCAAGAGCUUUUCCGAUGCUGGGAUGAGCGAAGUACCAGCGCGAUGGAAAGGAACCUUUCAAGCUCACCUUUUUCAAAAAAAGAUCUAUAACGUGUUCAUCAGGAAGUUGAUUGGAGCUCGCAACUACUUGACCGAUGGCGAGUUCAAAAACGCGAGGGACGACGCCGGGCACGGAACACACACAACUUCCACCAUCGGCGGAGCUCUCGUUCCUCAAGUGAGUGAGUUUGGACUGGGAGCCGGAACAGCGAGAGGAGGAUUUCCAGGUGCCAGAGUCGCAAUGUACAGAGUUUGUUCCGAAGCAGGUUGUGCCAGCGACGCCAUCCUUGCUGCAUUCGACGAUGCCAUCGAUGACGGCGUAGAUAUCUUAUCGUUGUCUCUCGGAGGAUUACCUUUAGCUUAUGACGAGGACCCCAUUGCGAUCGGUUCGUUCCACGCCAUAGAAAGGAAAAUCUUGGUAUCAUGCGCGGGAGGAAACUCCGGGCCGGCUGCAUCCUCUGUGUCCAAUGGUGCACCUUGGAUUCUCACGGUCGCUGCAAGCACUAUAGACAGACAUUUUUCAGUAGACAUCAAACUCGGCAACGAUAAAACUCUACAGGUAAGAAAGAACUCUCUUUUUCUUUGUCUUGUGACGGUUCUGGAUCCGGCAAAAGUAAAAGGAAAGAUUAUUGUGUGCGAAUUUGAUCCUUUGGUGAUCCCGACAAUCAUACUCUUAAAAAGCCUCAACAACUGGGGAGCUGCUGGAGUGAUCCUCGGGAAUGAUGUGAUCGCGGAUAUAGUACGAUACUUCCCUCUGCCAGGAGCUUUCAUCAAGAAAGCAGCGUUGAAAGAUCUGCUUGCCUACACGAGUUCAAGGUAUAUAUACGUACCUCACCCCUCGGUUUCUUUUGGUAACAGUUUUUGCUUUUGGCAGCCCGAUAUCACCGCACCGGGUGUAAAUAUUUUAGCAGCAUGGUCCGCCGCAGUACCAGUCUUCCUCGAAGAUUUAGACGCCACUAAGCCCGUGUUCUCCGACUUUAACAUCAUUUCUGGAACGUCCAUGGCAUGCCCUCACGCUACUGGAGCUGCGGCGUAUGUCAAGUCGAUCCAUCCUGACUGGAGUCCAGCGGCAAUCAAGUCAGCACUAAUGACCACAGGUAAAUCAAAGGGAAAAAAAAAACAAGAGAGAAAAAAAAUUCAUACCUCAGUGCGUGAUCUUCUUCCAGCAAAAAGAAAAAUUUCCAUACCUCGAGGCUGUUCUAAACUGUGUGAUCUUCUUCUUCUUCCAGCGAAAUCCGUUGACAACGAAAAGAAGCCUUUGAAAGACUUUGAUGGAAGCGACGCAACUCCAUUCGCGUUUGGAGCCGGCCAGAUAAGUCCUCUCGACGCGGCAAAUCCAGGACUCGUCUAUGACACCAGCGUGGAGGAGUAUCUCCUCCAUCUCUGCGCGAGUGGAUACAACGCCACGCAAAUCGCCGUGAUCUCUGGUCGCACCGUAAGGUGUCCCGAAUCGCCUGGAGCACCAAAGUUAAACUAUCCGUCAGUGACAAUCCCGGAGCUCAAGAACCAGACCAGCGUGGUAAGAACAGUGACCAAUGUAGGAGCUCCAAAAUCCGUGUACCGAGCAAUCGGAUCCCCGCCUCUCGGAAUCGAGCUGAUCGUAUCGCCUGGAACGCUGGCGUUCAAUGCCACCGGACAGAAGAUCGCCUACACCCUGACGUUCGUACCUCUUCAAAAUCUAUCCAAGAAAUGGGCAUUUGGAGAGCUCAUCUGGACGAGCGAUUCCAUUUCCGUGAGAAGCCCUCUUGCUGUGAAGGGCUGA